CAUUUGAGAAGCUUGUCACGAGUUUCCGCCUCUCUCCGAAAUCUCCCUUCCCGGCCAAUGUCAACGCUGGUAUGGCAGUGUGUGGUCAAAACUCUGUCAUAACGUAUUAUACCUUAGGUCGCGGGCAGGAGCUUGGGGACCCUAAACUGUGCUCCGUCUACAAUAAAAAGCACAAAAAAGCGCCGAGAGACGGAUAUCGUGCGCCUGUUCUACCGCACACUCCUUACAGCGAUAGUCGUUCUCUGUCAAUCAAACUGAGCGUAAACGAAAGUAUCAAGCGCUGGGAUAGAGUUUUAACUGCCGCAUGCCAAACUGGUAACACCGCUGGUUCAGGCACUCAUGUGCGACAAGGGAACGAGCUGUUCUUUCAGAAGCAGACGAAAAUGGCGAGUGGACGUCAAGUAUUGUGUAAAGUUUUAAAGCAGGCUAGCUUGUUGAAGCCAAGGACACAUAAUGCCUUACCGUGCGUGCGGAAUACGUCAUCUGCAGAUACACUUGAAAGCAGUGGUGGCGGGCCACAUCGGAUUGAGCCAUCUCAAGCUUCCAGCUUGAUGGAUAUUGGAACAAGGAGGAUCUUCUCAGAAGAGCAUGACAUCUUCCGUCAAAGUGUUAGAAGAUUUUUCCAGGAGGAGGUAACUCCUCACCAUGCUCAAUGGGAGAAGGAUGGCCAAGUUAGCAGAGAGGUUUGGGAACAGGCUGGGACGCACGGGUUGCUAGGUGUUCAGACACCAGAGUCAGCAGGAGGUAUUGGUGGCGAUGUCCUGUCAACAGCAAUUACAUGGGAAGAACAAAUGUACGGCAACAACUCUGGCGUAGGGUUUGCUCUACACUCGGACAUCAUCAUGCCCUACAUCACCAACUACGGCAGCAGGGAGCAGGUUGAGAAGUACAUUCCUCGGAUGAUGGCAGGGACCUGCAUCGGGGCCAUCGCCAUGACAGAACCGGGCGCUGGCAGUGAUUUACAGGGAGUAAGAACCAAUGCCAAGAAGGAUGGCUCUGACUACAUUCUUAAUGGCAGCAAGGUGUUCAUCACCAAUGGUUACAUGUGCGACCUCGUCAUCGUAGUUGCACUGACCAACACUGGUGCCAAGUCAGCAGCACAUGGCAUCAGUCUGUUCCUGGUGGAUGCCGGGACCCCAGGGUUCAUCAAGGGUCGCAAACUGGACAAGAUGGGGAUGAAGGCUCAGGAUACGGCGGAGCUGUUUUUUGAGGAUGUGCGUCUCCCGAAGGAAGCCCUGCUGGGAGAGGAGAACAAGGGAUUCUACUACCUGAUGGGGGAGCUGCCACAAGAGAGACUUAUCAUUGCAGACAUGGGCAUUGCAGCCUGCGAGUGGAUGUUUGAGGAGACAAGAUCGUACGUCAAACAGCGCAAGGCUUUUGGCAGGACUCUCUCAAACCUGCAGACAAUCCAGCACAAACUGGCAGAGAUGAAGACUGAUAUCUGCGUGGGCCGAGCAUUUGUUGAUCAGUGUCUAGAUCUGCACAACAAGCGGAAGCUGGACAACGGCAUGGCCUCCAUGGCCAAAUACUGGAUUACCGACCUGCAACAAAAGAUUGCCACCCAGUGUGUCCAGCUUCACGGGGGAUGGGGCUACAUGCUGGAGUACCCCAUUGCCCGUGCCUUCGUGGAUUCAAGGGUCCAGCCUAUCUAUGGUGGCGUUAAUGAGAUCAUGAAGGAGCUGAUUGCAAGACAGAUUAUAUCGGACAAAUAGACCAGUAACAGAUGAGCAAGUGAUGUUCAAGUGACCUGAUCCGGUAGAAACAAGUUGUUCAUAACAUUGACCUCACGUGAACAGUGGCUUGGCAAUAUCAGCGAUGGCUCCCUGGACGUUACUUACUGCUCUGUAUGGGUGUGUACCUCAGUAUGGGUCUACUUCAAGAUCCAGUUUCAAACCUCAGUGAUGCCAUCCCUCAGCAAAUUCAAAUUCAAUGUACACAGUUUCUAGAUUAAGUUUAACUACUCCUUGUAUUGUUUGCCAUUUUAGUGUUGUGUAUUACUGUAAUCAGAUCUUACUUCACCCUACCACUGAACAAAAGUCUGAAGAAAUCUUGUUAUGUUUCAUGUGAGAAACUCCUUUCAUUAUACCAAUCACAGUGUUACUUUCAAAAUUGAAAGGAGACAGUCGGAAUGUGUUUUUGCAAUCUUUCGACCUCAAAAACUUUCACUCCAGGUGUUCUGAGUGUCAGUUACACACUUUUCGUCUGUCUCCUUUCAAUUUUGUAUAUGAUCGCCAUCACAAGGGCAGUCCAUGCCAUAUGACACGAGAAAGCUGUUAUUUAUAUUUGUUGAUGUUAACUUCUUGUUGUCACUACACUGGCUGUGCAGUUGAUAAGAAAGGUCAGUCUGAUGUGGCCUGAAAUGGUUUGUGCUCAGAUUUUUGUUUAUUGGUCCCUCAAGGUGGGGGGGGAGAUUAAUUUCUGACAUUUAUGUAGAGUAAGCUGUUGUUCAUUGAGCUAAUGAAGUCUCAGAUAUUGUGCAUAUAGAUCAGUGUCUGGAGACAAUAGUGUGUCCCAGUGUAUCAGCUCCAAUCAUUAGAGUCGAUGAUAACCUUCACCUUCUGUACAUGGUCUCAGAUAGUAAUGGAGUAGUUACAACAUCUCCUUACUGUGAUUGUUCAUGAUUUUAGUAUGUUACAUGAUUCAUCUAUACUUAUCCAGUAUGUGUCAUACUGAUCAAAGUCAUAAUUUUUUAUAAAAACUUGCUUCAA